AUGCUGCUGCUGUUCUGGGGGUCACUACUAUGCUGGGGACUGCUGCCUCAGGCUCAAGGGCGGGCCCAGCACCAGCUCUAUCUGAUGAUCAGCAAGAAGCAGUUUGAAGCAGACAUUUCAGACCUGUUUGAACACCGUGUACUGGAACGCCUGACCAACAUCCCACUGGCGGGGACUGGGGACAACAGUGUCGCCAUAUUGGACGACCUACCUCUCGUGAAAAAACGUUUGUCCAAAGAGAAAAAUGGACUUUUCUUGUCACUGGGGAGCCUGAUGUCAAAGGAGAGCCUUCUUGGUGAGGUGCUGCAGACUUCAGGGCUGGUCAUUGAAGAUUCCAAAGGACUGGAGGUCAGUGUGGAGCUCCUGACAGACACUGUGAUACAAGUCACCCUGCGAAACAAAUUAUACAUCAAGCUCCCCAAGGUCUUGCGACUGGAAGUCAUCAAGAAUAUCCGCAUCGGAGCUCGGUUGGAUCAGAAGGGGAAUAAGACCAAGGUGGUCUUUGAGGAGUGCCACACGCCCCCUGGAUACCUGAGCAUCAAGGUUUUGGAGGAGCUGAACCCUCUCCUGGCCAACAAGGCUCUGCUGUUGGUGACAAGUCUCCUGGAUGAGGCACUGCCUUUCCUGCUACAGAAAAUAGUGUGCCCCGAGGCUGAGAUCCUCUUAAACCUGCUGCUAGAGGACCUGUUGCACCUCACUCUGCCCCCCAUGUACAAGGGCCCAGAGAACUUCCAGUACCAUGUGACCACCACAGAGUUCACUGAGGAUGCCAUCCUGAUGCAUGUCUUGCUCAUUACACCCUGUGGCUCAGGUCAGAGACCCCCUAAACACCAGGACAGCAAGCCCCUUCCAAAAUUAGAUCAGGACAGCAUAGCAGACUUGAUCUUUCAGCUGGAAACCUACAACGACAUCCUGUUCUGCCUCUAUACCAGCAAGGAGAUCUACGUGGAUCCCCAGGACUCCACUUUCACUGAGCUCACACAGAUGCUGCUGCAGAGAGAUACGGAGGUCGGGCCUCAGGUUACUGAGCCCUCCAGCGAGGCCAUAAAGCUGGUCCUCAGAUCCCCUCAGCCUCCCAGGGUGCACCUUGAUGGUCAGACAGCCACCGUCACACAGUCAGGCUCACUGGUGCUGAUCUUACCUAGCAACAAUUCCGAUGUCACCAUUCUCUGGAAUCUCUCAGCAGAGGCUGAAUUUCCCCAAAUUAUCCAUGAGAAGUUAAUACUCCAGAUGAAUCCAGAAAGUGCCAGUCUCACCCUGGUCCACUACCCCCCUGAUCUCUUGGAGAAGAAGAAGAAACUGGUUGCCACUGUCUUGGAAAUUCUGAAGAGGGUUUUCAUGCCUUAUUUCAACGAACUGCUCAAAACACAAGGCCUCCCAAUGCCCAACAUUAAAGGCUUGUCCUUCGGCGAGGCCCAGAGGAAGUUUUCCCAGCCAUCGCUGGCUGGUAGCUCACCGGCUGAUUCUCCUCAAGGCUGCCUGGCAUUGUUGCAGCUCACUUACCGCCCUGUUCGAACAGCGCCACCUGGAGCUGGGCGGGACACAGUGCACCUCCUUCACCGCCACAACCUGUCCUGCAGAAGCUUCCUUUCUGGUGGAGAAGUCAAAUACAGGAAGGAGUCCAGGGAUUCCAGAUUACCUAAUGAUGACUGUUCCAGAGAUGUAGCCUCCAAGGCUGUGCCUCCCCCAGCCCAUAAACAGCUGCCAGAACUGUGUGAAUCCAUCUGCUUCUUGUUGUGUCUGAUGAAAUAUGAGAAUAAGGAUGAGGAUCUUUUUAUGCAGUGGCCUAUAAAAUGGGACAAAGCCUUCCCUCCAAUAGUUCCCAGCCAGACAGGAGCAGGGAAGACUUCACCUUUCACACCAAACUCUCACCAGAGGGCAAGGUUCUGCUCAGACCCAGACCCAGCUUUGUACCAGGUAUUCCUGGCAGGGCUCCUGACAGAUGCAUCCCUUGAGACAAAAAAUCCAAGUCUCACAGAUGAGACUGACUGGGCUGAACAGAAAAAGCCAUGGCAAUGGGUGGAAAUUUGGACCCUUGAAAUGAUUUGGGGGCUGGAAUCACCAAGUAGUGACAUUGCCACCAGGAUGCUGACCCUCGGGGCCACGGUCCUCACCCUGGCCUUCCUGGCAGGAGUGAUAGAGCCACAAUCAGUGCUUAACAAUCUUCCUGUCAACCAACCUCCAGUAGAUACCGUUGUAGCUGCUCUCGAUCCGCCCCACAAUGUUCCUGUUACAAAGCCUUCCAGCCCAACAGGGCAGCCUCCCAAAGGGCAUCCUGCUGGGAGUGCAAGAGGCAAAUGUCCUGUCAUGGCCUCCUACUUGUUGUCAGCUGAAAAGUUACAAGAAUGGCAUCUAGGAGAGUGGGAAAGGAGCAGUCAGCCAGCACAGAUGCAGACAGGCCCACAGAGCUCGAUGAAAGGCUUCAGCAGCCACGACCUGGAUCUCCGAGAAUAUCAGGAUGGGGGCACAGAACUCCCACCUUCCUUUGAACUCACCUUGGCAUGCACAGCCUACAGUGCUGAUUAG